GCGGCGCUGAUAUAGCAUGACCUUAUGGUCAUUCCAUAUUAUCAUUAUAUAUAAAUAUAUAUUCGAUAUAGUAUCGAAGGUACAUUGUAGCCGAUAUGUUGUCCACUACUAUAAUAACGUUGCUCAUAUAUAGUAACAUUAUUUCAAAUAUACAAGCAAAGGACCAUGAAGAACGAAACGCGCAAUUUGAUGGAACGCAGAUACCCCUGUAUAAAAGCGAUAGUGUAAUUGAAGCCCUGAAGGUACGGAAAAGAGACACUGUCAAGAUUGUUCAUAAUUCAUACGUAGAGCAGACAAAUCAUGUAGACGAAUUACAGAGAGGUAAGAGGUCUGAUCAUUUUUUUAAAGGCAAUCCAUUUAGUCGCUUUGAUGCUCCAUUGAACAGUACUGGACUAAUAAACUAUUUUGGUUCCCGAAUGUACCAAACAAACGUCUCUUUUCCCCCUAGUGACGGAAAGGACGCCGUAUAUGGAGCCGUAGACUUGCUAAUUGACAAUUAUUUUUUUGACGAUUCUAAUGUAACGAAUGUAUAUGGACCUUUAGUCGUACGGGACGGUAAAGUUUAUCAGGGAAAUAAUGAAAAUGCUCAAUAUGGAGCUAAGGUUACGAUAAUUAAUAACAGACAUUAUGGGCAUUCCGGAAAUCAUGAUAUGUAUACUGGUGGCAUCGUUCAGAAAGGUAAUACCUACUCAGUAAAUCUCAAAAAUAAAACCUCGAUGGCAAUGAGUAUUAAUCAAUCUAACAAUACCUCCAACAAUGACUCAGAAGGUGGAAUGAACACCAAAUAUAAUACAGCGAGCGAAGAAGGCUCUGUGGAGCGGAAUACAAACGACAGUCAAGGAAAUUCAUCAUCAACCAAUUAUUAUUCUGACUCAAGUUCACAAAUAGAAAUUACAUUACAUUAUAAGGAGAAAGAAGCAUUUGCAGACAACCACACUGAACCCAACAGACAAAUGGGUUUAUCAGCUAAUGUAUUUUACUCACUUUCAUAUUCUUUUAUUACAUUGCUUAAGUAUUCUCUAUUCUAGUAUUUAACAUCAUAAGUUAUA